ACGUGCACGCCGAACUGUUUACUCGCACGCCGCCGCCGCGUUUUUAGCCCGAUUCUUUCCCCGUGAUUUUGUCCGCUUGUUCCGAAGUGUCCCCACCAGCAAAAUGGUGUACGUGGAGCCUUCGUUUCCACGCGGUCGCAAAACCGAAUCCGCCGAGGACGGGAAGCCGCGCAAAAAGUUCCGCCGGAAUACGGAUUACGGUGCGUCUACCAAAAAUGAAGAGAAGCAGCAAAAGCCGCGCCAGCGCGAGCGUCAACAGGCUCGGCUGGAGCAGAUUGAGACGGAACGGGAGGAGCUGGUGCAAACGGUGAAGGCCGCUCCGCUGCAGUUUAAAACGGCCCAGGAGGGCAUGCUGGUGCUGGGGUGUGUGUACAAGGUGCAGAAGCUGGAGUUGUUGGUGUCGUUGCCGGGUCGGUUGUUUGGGCGGGUUCCGGUGACGGCGAUUUCGGGGGCGUACGGGAAGCGGCUGCAGAGUGUGGUGGAGGGGGGUGAGGAAGGGUGUUGUCCGGGGUUGGAGGAGUUGUACACGGUUGGGGAGCUGGUUUAUGUGAAGAUUAAGGGGAAGGAUCAGGAGCGAUGGCGGUUCGAGUUGUCGCUGGAUCCGAAGGAGUUGCACAGCGAGUUGAAUCACAAGCACUUGGUUGAGGGAUUGGUGAUUUCGGCGACUGUUGAGGAAGAGGAAGAUCAUGGGUAUCAGAUGAACGUGGGCAUAAGGAAUGUGCGCGCUUUUCUGCCGACGAAGAAUGUGAGGAAUAAUCGUAUGGAGGUUGGGGGGAAUUUGCAUUGCACGGUGGAGAAGGUGACGCUGGCCAACGGAACGGCUACGGUGAUCUUGAAGGCGUUCAAACCGAAAGAGUUGAGGAAGCUGGACGUGGCAGCAGCAAAUAUUGACUCGUUGAUGCCGGGUUCGGUGGUCACGUUCACCGUUGAGUCGAUUCUACCUAAUGGCUUGCAGGGAACGCUGUUUGACGAUACGGUUCCGGCUUUUGUCAAUGAAAACAUGCUUGAGAAGCCGCUUUCCAAGGUGGCGAGCUUUGAGCUGUUCAAGCAAGUCCCGGCGCGCAUUCUGUACGUGAUGCCCAUGACGAAGCACGUGUUUUUGACGCUUGCGAUCGGAGACAGCAAUCGGUACUCCGUGGCGGAUCCUCUCCCAGUCGGGACGGUCCUCAAGGACGCCAAAGUGAUGCACAAGUGCAGCACAGGCGGUGUGUGGUUCCAGCUGGGGAAGAAACACAAGGCUUUGCUGCCGCGGUACGUUUUGAAGAGCCGAUACAACGCAAACUACGACGAGCAGAUUGUGAUGGCCAAGUACCAGAUCGGGUCGCUGCACACGGUUCGCGUAAUCCGGUACGAGGCCUUCGACCGGACGCUGAUCAUAACCGAUGACGACGCCACCGUCGGAAGCCGAUUCUUCUCGCUGAACGAUUUGCGCGUCGGAGACGUGUACGAGUGUCGCGUGACGCGUGUCCUCGACGACAAACGCGGCUUGGCCGUAACGCUGGCCGGUGGCCGAGUCAAGGGAAUCGUCAUGUCCCACAACUACCGCUUCACCAAGCAGUACGCACCCAAACAGUCAAUCAAGAUGCGCCUAAUCGGCAUCGACGAGGACAAACAGCAAGCGCUCUUCACCAACCAUCCGGAAUAUCUCCGCAAAUCGGCCAAACUCAUCCUGGAUCGCGCCGCCGUCAAACCCGACCAAAAGUGCCUCGGCACGGUCAUCAGCGAGACGGAAAAGUACUUCAUCGUGGCAUUCUGCAACAAAAUCACCGCAAUCCUCUUCAAAUUCUGCCGUUCCGUCACCCAAGACUCCGACCGCAUCGACCGGCUCAAACCCGGCUCCGUAGAGCUCUUCACCGUGCACGAAGUGACCGAAGACGCAUCCAAAAUAACCCUCAUCCUCCCCUUCGCCACCGGAGGCGACAACCUCGGCCACGUUUCGACCGCCACCAUCACGGGAAUCUUCGCCACCGGCGUCGACGUCUACCUGGUCAAAGAGAACGAAACCGGAACCGUCCCCCCGGAAGCCCUCUCCGACUUCCCCGAGCACAACGCCCUCGUCCAGAGUACGCUGCGCGAGGGCGAAAAGCUGAAGGUGGUCAACGUGCAGGACGGAGUGUUCAGCUGUCGCGAUGUGGCGUACUUCAACAACAAACCCACACGUGUCGAGGACGUUCGCGUGGGGCAGAUAUUGCGCGCGUACUACGUGGAACCGGCGCCGAAGCAGGCCGCUCGCUUCCGACUCGCGCUGAAGGACUACACGAGGCGGGUGAUUCUCAAGGCGAGUGACUUUGGGUAUGAGAAGGAUGCGUUCCCGGCGAUGACACCGGACCAGGUUGUGCUGGUGAAGGUGGAGCGAACCGGUGAAGAGGGCGAGCAGCCGAUGCUGAGGGUGUCGGCGAAGUUGGAGGACGUCUGCCGGAAGGUGGGAACGGAUGGGGCGCUGCGGUACAUGCUUGCGUAUCUGGACGACGUGAAGCAGCUGGUGACGAGGUUCAAGUCCCGCGACAAGCCAUUCGCGCAGUACACCAUCGGCCAGUCCGUGUCCUGUGUGGUGGAGAGUUUCGUCGACGACGGUGACCAGCUGGUGGUCCGUCUUGGCGAAUCAGAACCGGAAGAUCCAACCGCAGCGCGGGGCCUGGCCCGCAAAGACCCAAAAAAGGACGAUUCCUACACCGUCGGUGAGCAUCUCUCCGGCCGAGUCGUCUGGGUCGACGUUGAGCGUCAGCUCGUGCACGUCUGCAUCACCAAGAAACUCCUGAAGCACGUGGUAGACGUCGCCGAAGGUGACUCGUACAACGUUGACGACCGCAACAACCUGAUCACCCUGUUCGCCAAUCGGUACGUGGCCGUUGGAUGCCUAAAGAAGGUCGACUCCCCGUUGGUGAUUGUCCCCGUGAAAACGCACUUUAACGAUCUGGAACCGGCGGAGGAGGUGAGCGUCGGCGCAAAGGUGGCCGUGGUGUUGGUCCGGAACUACGAAGGGCUCGUGUGCGGACUGACGGAGCCAACUUACGAACGGUUCCGGGAUUUGAAACUGACGGGGAAGAAGGAAGUCGGGCCGUCUGAUAAGUCUUCUGGUGAAACGGCGAACGAAACGGCCGAGGACAAUGGACACAGCGAUUCGGGGAUUGAUAAGGAUGACGAAGUUGUCGAGUCGAAAGCCGCAGAAAAAGUUUCCAAAAAAUCCAAGAAAAAGGCCAAAGGAUUAGCUAAAGCAAACGCCGUCGAGUCACCAGCAAAGGCGCUCAAGCAGGACAGCAAGAAGAAGAAGGCCCUUGCCAAGAAGUUGAAAAACGGUCAACCCUUCGUCAUCAGCCAGCUGGACGGCACGGACGACAGCGUGUUGAAGCUCACGAAGAAGAAGCAGAAGAAGCAGCGCAAAGAAAAGAGUUCUUUUUUAGCCAAAAGCCCGGCUGCUGAGUCCGCCGGGCCCAAGACUAAAGAGUCCGUUCAGCAGGGAGCAAAACGAAAGGUUGAAGAGAAGGCGGUGGCCAAACUUCCCGGCGCCGAGAGCUUCUGGAGCACGGGUGGAGCUGGGGGCAGAAAACAGCAGCAGCAACCUCCGUCCGACUCCAGCGACGAUGAGGAGAAUGAUCGGGUCGAGGUGCCGGCCAAGAAGAGUCGUCUCACGGCAAAGGAACGCUUCGAAGCGAUGAGACAGGAGGAGAAACGAAUUCGGCAGAUUGAGGAGGAAUUGGCGGAUUCGUCCGUCGAUCCGCACACGCCGGACCAGUUCGAUCGGAUGUUGCUGUCCCAGCCAAAUAGCAGCUUGCUGUGGAUUCGCUACAUGGUGUUCCACAUGGAGUCGGCCGAGAUCGACAAGGCGCGUGCCGUUGCCCGGCGUGCGUUGAAGACCAUCAACUUUCGCGAGGAAAACGAACGACUCAACGUUUGGAUCGCGCUGCUCAAUCUGGAACUGCGCUACGAAACGAUCGAAACCUUCAAGGAGAUCCUGCAGGAGGCCGUCCAGUACAACGACCCGUACAAGGUGUACUCGAAGGUCAUUGAAGUCCUGAUUGAUUGUGGCAAGACUGCUGAGGUUCUCGACAUGACCGAACUGCUCCAGAAACGGUUCCGCAAACAGCCGGAAAUGUGGCACCUCAUUGCAUCCUGCUUCUACAAGAUUGGCCAUCGUUCCAAGGUCAAACCACUGCUCAGCAAAGCCCUCAAAUCGCUCGAGAACAAAGAACACAUCCCCCUGAUCGUCAAGUUUGCCUUCCUGCACAACCGCAACGACGACCGGGACGAGGCGCACAUCCUGUUCGAGCAGAUCCUCACCUCGUACCCGAAGCGAACCGACAUCUGGUCCCAGUACGUGGACAUGCUGGUCAAGGACGGGCUGGUGGACGUGGCGCGCCAAACGCUGGAUCGGGCCAUCGUGCAGCGGCUGCCGAUGCGGAACAUGAAGACGCUCUUCACCAAGUACGUCAACUUUGAGGAGAAGCACGGCGACCGGGAGGCGGUCCGGCGGAUCAAACAGCAGGCGGCGGAGUACGUCGAGAGGCAGCUCGCGGCAGAGGGUAAGAGCGGGGGUAAGAAAGAUGAUUGAGGAUGUUUUUUUUUUCGUUAUGGAUAAAAAAAAGUUUAAGAUUGAUCUAGAAUAAAUGUACGUUGGUAACGUAA